AUGAAGUUUUACAUAUUCGUUGCUUUAAUUUUAACUAACGGUAAAGAAGCGGCGCGGAUUUUGGGGGUUUUUCCGGUGCCCUCAAUCAGCCACCAAGUGGCUUUCCGACCUUUAACAUUAGAGCUAGCAAAACGAGGCCACGAGCUAGUCGUCCUCACGCCAGAUUCUGUCUUCGCUAAAGGGAAAUCUCCAGAAAACUACACAGAAAUAGAUGUCCAUGACAUAUCUUACCAAAUUUGGACAAAAAGCUUCCUUGAAACAUCAAGAGGAAAACGUCAAGAUCUCUUCGAACAAACUAGAGUAGCAAUGGAUAUACUGUAUGAUAUUUUUUCCCAACAAUUAUUGACCGAUGAGUUCCAAGCUAUACUAAAAAGCAAAAAAAAGUUCGAUUUGCUAAUUCUAGAAGCCAUAGUGAGACCGGCCAGGAUUCUUUGUCACGUGUUCAAUGCACCCGCUGUCAUCAUAAGUUCUUUCGGCGGCUUUGGAGAUAUUUAUGACAUAGUUGGAGCCGCAACCCAUCCAUUGCUGUAUCCAGUUGUGACGCGGCAAAAACUUUACAAUCUAUCGUUUUGGGAAAAGUUAAGUGAAAUGCAUAAUCGUUAUACCUUUACCCGCAUGUGGAAAGAGUUCGACAAGAAAGAGAAUGAGAUGGUUAAGAGCGUCUUUGGCCCCAAUAUCCCAUAUUUAAGCGAAAUGGUGGAUAGAAUCAGCUUGAUACUAUUGAACGUACAUUCGACCUGGGAACAGAAUCGUCCGGUUCCACCGAAUUUUAUUUACGUUGGAGGAAUCCAUCAGAAGCCACAACAGGAAUUGCCUUCGGAUCUUAAAACCUAUUUAGAUUCAUCCAAACACGGGGUGAUAUACAUCAGUUUUGGGACGAACGUGAUACCUUCGCUGUUGCCACCAGAACGAAUCCAAAUCCUGAUUAAAGUGUUCUCCCAACUGCCCUACGAUGUGCUGUGGAAGUGGGAUAAAGAUGAGCUGCCGGAAAAGUCGAAAAACAUCAGGAUUUCAAAGUGGCUGCCACAAUCUGAUCUGCUUAGGCAUCCAAAGAUCAAAGUUUUCAUUACCCAAGGUGGUCUGCAGUCAACAGAAGAAGCAAUCACUGCCGGAGUACCCCUAAUUGGGAUGCCGAUGCUGAGCGACCAGUGGUACAACGUGGAGAUGUACUUGAUUCAUAAAAUCGGAUUAAGACUUGAGCUGGAUGAGCUUUCUGAAGAGAGACUCCGGAAUAACAUUGAAGAGAUCAUCGAUAACGAAAGCUAUCGUCAGAACAUAGCUCGUCUCCGGAGCCAGAUGUACGACCAGCCUCAGAGCUCAUUGGAGCGCGCCGUGUGGUGGACGGAGCACGUGCUGCGUCACGGAGGAGCCCAGCAUCUCCGAGCUGCCGGCGCCAAUCUAUCCUGGUCACAAUACUUGGAAUUGGAAUUAGUUUCAGUAUUACUCGUUAGUUCUCUUAUAACACUAACGAUUUUAAGUUACAUUAUAUUGUAUUUAUGGAGGCUUCUACGUACUUACAAAGAUAUAGUUAAAAUUAAAAGAUCUUAA